CGCAGCAUAAGCCUGCCCCUCUGAGCAGCAGCAGUCAGCUGCGUGUUGACUUGCUUUGUCAGCGGUGUCCCCACAGCACAGAUCUCUCUCAUGCUCCUCGAUCACCUGCUGCUGAUCAGAACCUUGGACUUUUAUCUCCCGGAGUGACUGAUCACACCUUAUCGACAGCUUCCUCCCUCGCAGCAUAUCAGUGCGCCGGCCUCUUGCGGACCUUGAUCGGGGGCACAUCGGGUUCACAGCUUUUUUAUUUUUUCUAGCUAACGGAAAGAUGACGUUAAAAUCCAAUAAAAACGAACCCGCUGUCAUCCUGGAGCCGGUCAACAGCGUCCGGACGGCCCUCUCCGAUCUGUACCUGGAGCAGCUGCUACAAAACAAACCAAAGUCUGACAAGGCUGCUAUGCAAACCUAUGAGAAUAAGGGAGCUGAGGUUUACACCAACGGCAGUGCUGGACACAUGAACGGCACAGAACUGACCAGGAUGAAAGAAGUAGAAUUUGAAAAGAAUCCUUCAGAACCAAUGGGGGUCACUCUGAAGCUCAACGACAAACAGAGGUGCACUGUGGCCAGAAUAUUGCACGGGGGCAUGAUCCACAGACAAGGUUCCUUACACGAAGGGGACGAAAUAGCAGAAAUCAAUGGGAAAAGUGUAACAAACCAAAGUGUAGAUCAGCUACAAAAGAUCCUGAAAGAAACCAGCGGAGUAGUCACGAUGAAGAUCGUUCCCAACAUGCACGGUCGAUCCCGAGCCUGUGAGAUGUACAUGAGGGCCCAGUUUGACUAUGACCCCACCAAGGAUGACCUCAUCCCGUGCAAAGAGGCGGGUCUGAAGUUUCAAACUGGCGACAUCAUUCAGAUCAUCAACAAGCAGGAUCCCAACUGGUGGCAGGGCAGAGUGGAGAGCGGCGUCGCGGACUACGCUGGACUGAUACCCUCCCCGGAGCUCCAGGAAUGGAGGGUGGCAAGUAAAAGCAAGGCCAGAGGGGGCGGUCAGUCCUGCAGCCCGUUUGGGAAGAAAAAGAAGUGCAAAGACAAGUACCUGGCUAAACACAGCUCCAUUUUCGACCAGCUGGAUGUGAUUUCUUAUGAGGAGGUUGUUCAGCUCCCUGCUUUUACAAGGAAAACACUGGUGCUCAUUGGUGCACCUGGUGUGGGAAGGAGCCAUAUCAAAAAUGCACUAUUGACCAAAUACGCUGAGAAGUUUUCCUACCCUACAUCACACACCACCAGACCCCAGCGUAAGGAGGAGGAGAACGGUCAGGAAUAUUAUUUCAUCUCCCAAGACGCCAUGACAAAGUGCAUCUCUGGAAACGAGCUGCUGGAGUACGGUAGCUUCCAGGGAAACAUGUUCGGUACCAAAAUCGAGACCAUCCAGAAGAUCCACGAGCAAGGCAAAAUCGCUCUGCUGGAUGUCGAACCACAGACCUUGAAAGUCUUGCGGACUGCUGACUUUGCACCUCUCGUGGUGUUCAUCGCUCCAACCAACACGGCCGCCCAGACGGAAAACCUGCAGAUGAUCCAGAAAGAGUCGGACGCCAUUUCGACCACAUAUAGACACUUCUUCGACGUGGUUCUCGUCAACAACGAUGUGGACGAGAGCGUGAAAGGCGUGGAGGAGGCCUUGGAGCGUGCCACCUCCACCCCACAGUGGGUGCCUGUAUCGUGGGUGUACUGACAGGAUACCAUGUAUAAAACCUUUCUGUUUGUUAAAAAAAAAAAGCAGUGCAAUAUCACUCCUUACACGAAACGAGUUAGUGAUGUCCCAGGUAUUUGUGGGUUUUACUUUUUGUUCAUGUUAAUCGUCACUGAGAUUAUUUUUUGCACAUAUGCAUCCAAAAAAUAUAUAAGCAAUAUGUAGAAAGUUUUAUUUUAGAAAGUCGAGAGCUUCACCAGGGACGUGUUGUUUGGUUGUUUCGACGUUCGUGCUUGAGGCUUUUGAGGGGCUAUGGGAUAGUGUUGGUGCCGUACACCGUUUGUGAUUGUUGGAACGUGAGAAAAUGCAAAAUAGGACCACAACUGUGACUGAAAUCCUCCCUUUUUAACUGACAGGAUUUUAACAUGUGAAACAUUAUUUCUGUAUUCAUUGUCUUGUUUGUUUUUGUUCUCAUUAGAUUGUGCCAUGAGAUUCUUAUCCAUACAGUGUGUGUAACUCCAUAACCGCAAAUCCUUUCAGUCGGUCAUCGACAACCAUUGCUCCUCAUCUCAUCAAAAUUGUAUACCUCAUGGGGUACUGUAAAGGCACUUUUAAACUAAAAAAAUAAAUUUUCCCAGCUCUGUUGCAACUGCU